GACGCGUGUCAUUCAAAGCUGACGUUACUUUGAUUAGUCACGGACUGCAAUGGCACUGACUUCUGCUGCUGGACUUGUUUCUCUUUUGGACGACAAGGGUUCUGAUGUCAAAGCAUUUGCUCUAAAACGUCUCUAUGAUAUGGUUGACGAGUUUUGGGCUGAAAUCUCAGAAGCAGUAAUGAAAAUUGAAAUACUUCAUGAAGACUCUAAUUUUGAAUAUAACAAACUUGCUGCUUUACUUGUGUCUAAAGUUUAUUAUCAUCUAGCUGUCUAUGAUGAUGCACUUCACUAUGCUUUAUGUGCUGAAGAGCUUUUCGAUCUAAAUGCGAAUACCGAAUUUGUGGAAACCAUUAUUGCUAAAUGUAUUGAUAAGUAUACCGCUCUUCGAACUGCUCAAGAUCAGCUUGUGGAUUCGUCUGGUUCCGUUGUAACAGAAUAUUCAGACGACAGUACUUGGUCUGUUACUAGUCCAACAUACAAAAGACUAGAACACGUUGUCAACAAGAUGUUUGACCGUUGCUUUGAUCACAAACAGUAUAAACAAGCCCUAGGGAUAGCUAUUGAAACUCGGAGGUUGGACAUAUUUGAGAAGGCGAUAAUUUCGUCGGAUGAUCAAGAGGGCAUGCUUCGUUAUGCUUUUCGUGUUGUGCUCACUUUAAUCGACAGUGUACGCUUGAGAAACCGUCUUCUUAAAAUCUUAGUUUCUGUGUAUAUGAACCGAGCUCUUCCCUCAGAUGCUGUAAAUGUUUGUCAGUGUUUAGUACUAAUGGAUGACCCACAGGCCACAGCAGAUACUCUGGAACACUUGUUACUACAAUCACAAGAGGCAGCCGUAACAGCAUAUCAAAUAGGUUUUGAUUUGUACGAAAAUGCAACCCAAAACUUUCUUCAACGUGUUUCAGCCUCUCUUGCCCGGAGUUCAAAGUUGAGUCAUGUAAUGAACUUAAUUGAACGUGAUAAAAACGCUGCAAAAAGUUCAAAAACGCCGGAGGGUUCAGCUUGUACCACCGUCGAAACUACAGACGGCGAUAAAAAUAAAUCAGACAACAAGGAAGCAGAAGAAGCGGUGGAAACUGCAUUAGCUAGUGAAACAAACAAAGAGGCUGAGAUACCUGCAGAUGAACCGCUGUCAGAAUUAGAUAAAGAAAUUAAAAAUCGUCUUAUGCACCUGGUCAGUAUUUUAUCAGGAGAUAAAGUAAUUGAAUUGCACCUCCAAUUUUUGAUACGAAAUAACAAAGCUGACCUUCGACUACUUGAACGCAUACGUGAUGAGGUACGACAUUCGGUGACGCAUAAUGCUACAGUUAUUGCAAAUGGUAUUAUGCAUUGUGGAACAACAUCAGAUCAGUUUUUAAGGGAUCAUUUAAAUUGGUUAGGAAAAGCUGUAAAUUGGGCUAAAUUUACUGCUACUGCUACCCUUGGGGUUAUACACAAAGGUCAUGAAAAAGAGGCUUUACGUCUUAUGUCUGCUUAUUUGCCCAAAGAUGCAAGUGGUUCAUCUGGUUCCGUGUACACUGAAGGUGGUGGUUUGUUUGCUCUAGGCUUGAUUCAUGCUAAUCAUGGUGGAACGAUGACAGAAUAUUUGCUCAAUCAAUGCAAGGAGGCUACUGCAGAACCUGUCAGGCAUGGUGCAUGUUUAGGCCUUGGUUUAGCUGCUAUGGGGACCGGUAGAGAGGACGUAUAUGAUCAAAUUAAACUUAAUCUUUAUCAAGAUGAUGCAAUCACAGGUGAAGCAGCGGGUAUUGGUAUUGGUUUAGUCAUGUUAGGAACUGGGUCAACACGAGCUAUUGAAGAUCUACUUGGUUAUGCUAAAGAAACAGCACAUGAGAAGAUUAUACGUGGCGUUGCUUUAGGUAUUGCACUUGUCAUGUACGGUCGAGUUGAGGAAGCUGACGAACUUAUUGACAAUCUAAUUAUUGAUAAUGAUCCCAUUUUACGUUGGUCUGGUAUGGCAACAAUUGCAAUGGCUUACUGUGGGACUGGUAAUAAUCAGGCAGUGAAACGUUUACUCCACGCUGCAGUCAGUGACACCAAUGAUGACGUUCGACGAUGGGCUGUUACAGCUCUUGGUUUCGUUCUAUUCAAAAAUCCUGAGCAGGUCCCAUCACUGGUGUCCUUACUCGUUGAAUCCUACCAUCCUCAUUUGCGCUAUGGUGCUGCUAUGGCUGUAGGAAUAGCCUGCGCGGGAACAGCCCUUAAAGAAGCUGUUAGUUUAUUAGAAACUUUACAUGAAGGAACAGUGCCAUUUGUUCGUCAAGGUGCCUUAAUUGCUAAUGCAAUGGUAUUAAUUCAGCAGAAUGCGGUUACCUCCCCAAAGUCCGUGGAUUUCCGUCAGAAAUUGUUGAAAAUUAUUGGGGAUCGUCAUGAAGAUUUAUUGGCCAAAUUCGGUGCUAUCAUAGCAUGUGGUAUUUUAGAUGCUGGUGGAUGUAAUAUGACUAUUUCAUUGCAAACACGUACGGGCAAUGCGAAUAUGGCAGCGGCUGUUGGUCUUUUAAUCUUUCAGAAUUUCUGGUUUUGGCAUCCAUUAACCAAUUUUAUCAGCUUAGCAUUUACACCAACUGCAUUAAUAGCAUUGAAUAAAGAUUUGAAUAUGCCAAAGAUACAGUUUCGUUCAAAUGCUAAACCGUCGACUUUUGCUUAUCCUCAACCAUUGCAACAGGAAAAAGAAAAGAAACGUGAAAAAGUAGAGACAGCUAUUUUAAGUAUUACAGCUAAACAACGUAAAAAGGAGGCUGAUAGAAAACAACACAAAGAACAACAACAGUCGACAACCACCGGUGGAGCACAAACUCGCAAAGAUUCUCAAACUAAAGAAGUUAAGAUGGAUAUAGAUACUCCAUUAGAAACUGUCAAAGAAGAAAAACCUUCAGCAUCAUCAACUGAAACAAAAGAAGAGAAAGAACCGAAUUUCAGUCUACUAAAUAAUCCAGCUAGAGUAAUGCGUUCACAACAAAGAUACGUGACCCUUCCUGAAUCAUCUCGUUAUGUAACUUUAAAACCAAUCAGUCAGGUAUGUACCCAAAUAAUUUAAUUUGAGAUAUCUUUGUUUUGCAAUAACAGAUUUUAAAGUGUUGCGUAACCCACAGAUAUUUUGUAAUUAAAUGUAAUUUUUCUAUAGCUAAUUUUUAAUUAGAACUUGUUUUUUUCUUCAAUAAACAAUGCAUUAGUUAUUAGUACUGUAUUUUACAAUUCCAUCAUUCAAGGUUUAAUUUAUCAGGUAGCUUGUCAAGAAAUGCCUUUCAUUGAAAGUAUGUAAAAUCGUUUGUUGCAAAUUUGUCAAAUAAAUCUAACUACUAAUCCUCAGGUUAUAUGGAAGAAACUACUUUUGAGAAAUUCAUUUAUAAAUCGAUUUUAUAAGAAUAAAGUCAUAGCAAAUAUGCGAUACCUCUUCUAUGUUAUAAUUGUAUUUUCAAAUUUGUUCUUAGUCGACUGUAUCGUGUGCACAUCCUUCUGCUGAUGAUUGUGUAACUGUUUGGUAUGUUAAGAAUAUAGUCAACCUCUUUAGGAAAAAAAUAAAUAAAGAAGAGAAGUAUUUCUUUUCAGUUUGAUUCUCAUCCCUGCUUUAGACUAAUAUAUAGUUUAACAAUAAGAAACCUCAUUAAUUUGAUCAUCAUAAAAGUUUAAAAUGUCUUAUUACACAAUCUCUCAUUUGCCGAUGCCUUUGGUCUUCAGAUUUUUAUUCUGUUUUUGUUGAUUAGCUAUAACAUUCUCCUUACGAAUAUGAGUUAUCACCGCUUGAUUGGCAUUGAUCUUAUUAUCAUUAGUGUAAAGCCGUGAUGGAAAACAAAUUGCAAAAGCGUAUUUCUUCACUCUAUUCAUCUUUUUAUUGUUAAAUAUUACAACAAAAAUAACUGUUGUUCAUUUUAUUGUUUCUAACCUUUUUUCUCUCUGAUGAUAUCAAGGUUAAUUGUUAGUUUAAGUGGUGUGUGGAGAUUGUUGAAUGUUUUCGUAGUCAUAAAUCGAACUAGACUAUAAAAAACCUAUUGACAUCUAGUAAUCAUUAGACAACUGUUUCGUCACAGUGUGGUAUUUCUCAUUAUUGUUAUUGGUUAGAAUGAAACAGUAAAUAGAAAGGCUUAUUUAAAUUCCAGUUGUUUAUUCAGAAACUUGUUGUGAUUUGAACGUUAUUAUUUGGCUGAUAAUACAAUCAAUAUCAUUUUUGUUAGUUUUCCUAAAAAAAAUACUUUGUCACAUUUUUCCACAUUAAACCAUUUUCAUGGAUUGAUGAACUUUUUAGUGACUGAAUUAUUGAUCCGUCCUUUUUCAUCCGUUGAAUGACUCUUCAAAUGAUUCGUAUAUUUUCAGUUUAUAGUGCAUAAUAUUUAUGUUAGAUUGGUUUAUUUAUUGUUGUGUGAGCUCGUGAUUUAAUUAUCACUCAUAGUGGAGCAGAAAGCUAUCUUUUUAGUUUAAACACUCAACUAUCAGCUACUGGAUAACAGUCAUGAACAUCACUGUAUAUGAUUUGGCUUCAACACCCAGGUAGUAUCGCUAGGCACCAGAUCGAGAUUUGUGUAACCCAAAACCAUGUACACAAACAUGUACUUGUAGCAGUUCACAGAAAAUGAGUCGACUAUUUUGUAAAUUUAGAUUAUACGUGUCUAAUUUUUAUUCUUUUUCCUUUGUUGUAAAAUAAGUAUAUAAUUUAUUUUGAAAUCGUUCUUAUAUGUAUUGAACGUCCUUUAAAAUUCAGUUUUUAUAAUACAUUUAUAGGGUGGAAUACUGAUGGUGCAAGAUAGGAGUCCUCAAGAUGCAGAAGUUUUAGUUGAAAAUGUACUUGGACAUGGCCCUACCUUAGAACGAUCAGGAGGCGGUGGAGGAACUGGGUCUUCUAGUGGUACAAGUAGCUCUGAUCUUGCUGCUGCAUUAGGCUCUGGAUCUAAUUCUAAAACAGAGCUUAUUCAUGCAUCAACCAUUGGAGCUUAUCUUGACGAGGAUGAUGAUGACGAUGAUGAGGAAGAUGAAGAUGACGAUGAAGAUUCUUCUAGUGAUAUGCAUGAAGAAGAUGAAGACGAUGAUGAAGAAGAGUUUGAUGUAGCUACAGCCACUGUUUCGACUGUUGAAAUCGAAGAGUCUGACGAUCACAUUUCUAAAGGAGAUAUAGAAAUGAGUGAAAGUAGUACAGAGGUGAAACGCGACAAAAGUCGUGGAUCUACUUCAAGCCGUCGUGGCAGCAAAUCACAUGUAUCAAGCUCUGAACCGAAUCCACCAGAACCGUUUCUAUACAUAGAAGAAGGUACAACAUCGCAAACAACAACAUCUAGCAUUGCUGGUAGCAGUAGUACUAAUAGUAAAUCAGACUCCACUGUAGCUACAGACACCUCUUCUACUAAUGCUAAACAGUCACCUCCGACUUCGUCCUCCGAACCAAUGGAUGUUAUAUUGGAGACUGAUAAAGAAGCAGAAAAGAAAUCAGAUUCUGAAUUGGAUAAAAAAUCAAAAGACAAUAAUGACAAAUAAAUCGAUAAUAGUUUGGUUUCAACUUUAUGUUCAGUGCUAUGCAAACUCUUUUUCUUUGUUUUGUUACAUUCUCUGGUAUUACACUUCUGUACGCAUGGAAAAUUCGAAUGUAUUUUUCUUUACUUGUUCAUUUUUGACUCACUGAAAGUGUCUAUUUUUUUGUCUGAAAACGGAUGUAUAAAUGUAUCAGUUUCGUUUCUCCCAAUGAGAAAGAAAUAUGUACCGACGUUUCAAAAGUGUUAACUUAAUCUGUAUAGAAGCUUGAAAAUAAGUUUUAUCUUC